AAGCUCUACUCUCUAAAUCCCCUUCUCACCGGCCGCCCGGGUCAGAAUUUCGGAUACUUGCGGUUCGCGGAGCUUUUUUAAGUGUAAUCAUCGUUCAAACCUCAAGAGUAUCAAGAGGCCUCUCUGCCUGCUGACUUCUGUGGCUUCUCAGGUGAACGGUUGGCAGGUACGAACAAUUCUCAUAAUUUACAUAUAUCUCUUUCUCAAUGCAUCUCUAUUCGUGCGCAUUUCGUUCUUUAUCACCCUAUAAUAACGUUCAACUUAGUAAACAUCGUCUUCUGGCCUCCCAUUCCGUAUUCGGCACCGGCAGAGCCUCCGUCUCCUGUUCAACCGCGAGAGGUCUUACCAAAAGAGCACGGUAGCCAUUGUCCCGGUACACUGUACAAGGCGUCUCGACAACUGUUCCGAAUCUCUAGUAGCUUAUUUUCUCAAAAUAUAAUAGGGAAGAAGGGUAUCAAAACAAGUACUGCCAAUCUUCCUAAUGGCGGUGUACACAGACCAGCUGCAACCGUGGGAGGAGGUGAGUGUUCCCUUCCCACUACUUUUGCGCCUAGGCAUCGUCUUUCCACUCUUUACCUACCGCAUACUAUCAAUCUAUCGUUUAAAUCGCUUUGUUAUGUCUACAUUCUACAUACUGGCAGACCAUCAUAGGUCAUAGUCCAUCAUCGGCUCCCCACGGUACGCGCAGGGUGAAACUUGUUUCGCAUCCCUGUGUUAAGGGUUGUAAGCGCUUUCGAGCGAUGCCAACCUAGCGCUCUGAUCGAGUUCGAUGGACUCCCGCAUGUCCAAUGCCCAGCUGUAUGGCCACGCUGUGUACCACUGGCCAUCUACUGGCUACUGGCUACUGGCUAAUUCUACUUGCUAUGCAUUGCUGGCUCAGUUGGCGUUCUGCGCAUACGUUCUUCUCUUUUAACUCUUACCAGACGCCAGACGUGUUUCCUCAUUAUUCUCCGUAUCCCUUGUUCCUUCAGCCAUUAUUACCCUUUUAGAUCGUUCUUUGCAAUCAGGCCACUUCGUCAGUCGCUUCUUUGCCAGAGUGAAAAACAAUCUUUCCUCUUUUUGGCCCCUGUGCUUUUAUUUUCGCUCCUCGCCUCUUGUAGCCACACACCUACAAACAACUACGCACCAGAAAUAUACAUAUAUACGCUCCUUACAGCCUAUACUAUAUCGUUGGCGGCACGUCUAAUCCCAAAUCUUAUUUCCCCGCAGCCGGCUUCUUUCUUCCUAAUCAAUCUCCCUCACCCACAGAGGUAGCUGAAAACCCAUACGAGCUCGCACUCGCACCCCUCCGCACAUCAUCUCUCCAAGUCCGUUCGCCAGGUCCUCCGUCGCCCGUCAACACUCUGCACAGCAGGCUGUCAGGUGACCCAGACUCGCCUCCUCCUGCGUGGAAGCGCCGUUCUAGUAUCAAUAGACGUCCAUCCAUAUCCUCGGAGCACCAGCGACAACUUUCGGCUUCCAGCACAAACAACUCGCUCAAGUCCGCAGGAGAUCACACAGGCACUCAAAACACCAGCCCACGAGCCGCCCGAUCCCCUGCAGAGAGCGUGCACAGUGCACAGUCCACAUCUCCUACAUCUUCUCGUACAGCACCUCCUUCCAGAAGACAUCCCAACUUAGCAAUGACGAUUGCCGCUACUCGUCCACCAGCCACCACCCUCUCUUCCGUGGUAUCCCAUGAAUCUUCAGAAGGGUCCUCUCUCUCAUUGGGAGAUGACCUUGCCCUUCCCAACCCAGCUUUCCGCAGGCGAGUCGCAGAAGGCGCAAAUUCGGCCAGAAGCUCGACAGUCAGUUCGCAAGACCUGAAUAGCUUGACGAGUGAGGAGCUAUGGACCCUGGGACAAGAAGAGGUGCCAGAUAUGAGCAAUCCCAUGAGGACCGCUGCUGAGAGACCUUUGGACACAGUACGAAGACUGAGUACAAUUGCCGACACGGACCCCGUAUAUCACACAGGUUUGCCGAGUGAGGUUAUAUGGCCGCCUGGACCCCCUCCAGAGGAGUUGUUGUAUCGGCCGGUACGAAACAAGUCUUUUACGAGCAUCCAGAAUAGCACCAAACGUUUAUCCAUACGACGAAGUUCUCGUCGCACUUCUGCGGCAGAUAUCUCUACUUCAACUUUGACCAAGGGUAAAAUAAAGCCAGGGGCGCAGUCAUUGCCUGUUUCACCUGUUGCCCCUCAUAAGAUUAACAUGCUCUCGUCGGCCCACUCUUCUUCAACGUCACUGUCCUCCCAUCAGGCUAUCACCCCGAAUAAGUCGUAUCCUGCUCUUGGACACUCUAAAUCAGGACCUCCUGCGUCCUUCUAUUCCAAGGAUUUUAUCAACAGCCUUGCACCAAGAGAAGGAGGGUACGCCGUCGCGGCAACUAUAGGGGGCGUAGCGAGCCCAGCGGGGUCCAUAUCAAAUGACAAACGAAGGACUUCAUAUGUAGAUAGCUCAAUCAGCAGGACCAGAGCGCCUUUGGCGAGAAGUGCCGGUAUGGGCAGAUGGAGUUUGGAUGGUGGAGAAAAUUAUGGUAGACCGUAUUUGACUUCUUCCGCGGCGACAACAUCUUCCAACCUGACCGCCCCUCCUUUGACAUCCAAUCAAGCAGAUGUACAUCUAUCUGAACCCCGUGGUAAGGCUCAUUCGCAAGUUCCAGACGGGGCUUUGCCCCCCGCCAUAAACCUUCAUGGUGCUGCCACGCAGUCCUCGCUAGUUUCCGGUGCGAUGCAGAGGUCUUCUCCCAAUCCUAGUCCAUUGAGCCAGCAAACUCACGCCCAGGAUGUUAUGUCAACUGCAGCAGGGGAUACUGCUGAAGAUUCUAAGGUCAAUGGCAACACCCCUGUCCAGUAUCCUAUAGAAAAUGCUGCCAAUGCGAUCAACAAACCCUCAACCUUCGAAAUGUCGAUUCCUGCUGGUCCUCUUGCGACCGAAUCUGCUACGCCACCCCUUACCAACAAAAAAUCGAAGAAACAGCUUGCCAAAGACGCUAAAGCCCAACGGAAGGCUGAGGCUCAGGCUGCUGCUCGUGCAAGGGCUGAACAGAUGAGGCAAGAACUUGCCAGAAAGCAGCAGCAACGAGAAGAAGAGCAGAGGAAAAAGAUAGAGAUCAAGCGGAAGGAAAAGGAAGAAAAGGUCAAGAGAAAAGCUGAAAAAAAGGAGAAAAAGAACGGUUUUUUGCGAAAACCAGCGUCGUCAGCUUUACGCAAGGCAGAAACUGAACCUGCUGUGGCCUCCUCUCGAGCUGAGGCACAAAGGGACGAGGUCGAUGCAUCUACGACGACGUCUAAGCCAGCACCUGCCAUCACUUCGUCAUCCACCACAUCUUUUCCUGUUAUGCGAUCAAUGCUCAAUGUGAAUAAGCUUUCAACCGCCCGGCCGGAAGCAUCGGAAUCUGGCCAAUCUUCUCCUUCUUCUACGCCUGCCGGGCAAUCCCCCCCAUCGUUCAGGACGGGUGAAGAGCAAGGCGACAACAGUAAAAAGCCAGAAGUCAAGUUAAAGAGAUCAUUCUUUGGCACAAUCAAGAAGAGAUUUUCUUAUUCUGCCGGCGAUAAAGAGGGAGUUUCGCCAAUGCCUUCUCAACGAGAACGUCGCUUCACUGCAGUCGCCGACCGUCACGAGGCGGGUAAAACCGGGUAUGAAAAGCAAGAGGCUGACGGUUCAUUGAAAUUAAGGCCUGAGAAAGAUGGCCUCAUUGCCCCUCCACCUAGACAAACGUCAUUGAUGGCUGUAGCCUCAGACUCAUCAAUCCAUAGACGUACUGAUACAGUGUCGGAGGAGACUUCCGAAGUCAUUGCAGGUGAAUCACCCCGAACUGUGCGGCCAAAUUCAACUCUUAUGUCAUCGCCCUCAUCGUCCCCAUCGUCCGGCCGUCAUCAGAUCCCUCGAAAGCCUAUUUCAACCGAAGGAACCUUAGGGAACAAGAUCCUUGAUCAAUCUUCAUUCUCAGAGGCGCCCGACCCAUUCCCUAUUGAGCACAACGCCUCCCCUUUGGAGCACAUACACGGUGAUGACCAAAUCUCCCGUGUUAUCCCAUUCUCAACUGCAACUGCUGCAAACUCGGGGACCCACCUCGAAUUCUCCUCCCCUGCACCCAUGCCGGUCACUCCUUCGACUUCUGGUGAUUCGCAGCUGUCUUAUAUGCAUAGCCAUGCUUCACACAACAGCAAUGUCACACCGGUCACCUCGGUCUCUGAAUCCGAAGCCUUAAGCGACGAAAAUCUUAGAAUGGGAAAAGAGAGCAGGGAUUCGCAACUGCUAGGGGGCCAGAUCCCGCCGCAGAGGGAGGGUUCAGAUGAGACUGUUUUGGCAAUCAAAGUGGACCCGACCUCGUCUCCAAUCAUUGCCGUUUGAGCUUAAUGCUCGCCUGAGCGGUACAGAUCCUGUCGGGUCUGAAGUAGGGCUUGCGUGCCUCAGUACUCAAGGACAUUUACAAUGUUUUCAUUCAUCAACCAUAUAUAUCCAUAAAUCUUCAAUUUUUUCCACAAUAAUUGUAUUUUAUACACACUUUUUAUACACUUGCGUUCGCACGCCUUAAUUAAUAGAGCACCUCUUCUACAUGACGGCUCUUUUUUUCACUUUGAUACUCCACUGUCUUCCUCAUUAACUUGCAUAAAAUUAUCAAAUGAGGGUCGUGAUUAAGGCUCAGCAGAUUCCUAUACGUUUUACGUUAGCUCAUGCAAUAGAAGCCAUCCCAUACAACAACAAGGGACAUGAUCUUGAUGAAUGUGUUCU